AUGCGUGCAUUUAUCGUACUCGGAUUGAUUGCGGUCGCCUGCGCUGACAAGUUGGGCUACAAUUAUAGACCAGUUGGUCACUCAGAUUCAGGUCUAUCAUUUCAACCAGGUUCUGGUGGUUCCAUUGGCGGUGGAUCAAUUGGCGGCGGUUCCCUUGGUGGAGGUUCUCUUGGUGGCGGAUCAAUUGGUGAUGGAUUACUUGGUGGUGGCUCAUUAGGCGGUGGCUCACUCGGUGGUGGUUCACUCGGUGGUGGUUUACUCGGUGGUGGAUCACUCGGUGGUGGUUCACUCGGUGGUGGUUCACUCGGUGGUGGUUCACUCGGUGGUGGCUCACUCGGCGGAAAUGGUGUCAGUUCACUCGGUGGUGGAAUCGGUGGCCCAACCUCAUACAAUGCACCAGCUCCAUCCGCUGAAUGGGAAAAGGAAUUCUACUCUUUCUCAGCACCUGAAAAUGAAUUCAAUGACGAUAAUGCCGCACAAAGAAUUGCUAGUUCUUUGAAGAAGAACUUACGUGUAAUUUUCAUUAAAUCACCAGAAAACAAAGGUCUUGAAAACGCUGCUCUCAAUUUGGCCAAACAAGCUGCUGAUCAACAAACUGCCAUCUAUGUUCUCCACAAACAAGCUGAUGUUGGUGAUUUGGCUAAUAAACUCAAUGCGAUCCGCAACAACAACAACCAACGUCCAGAAGUACACUUUGUCAAAUAUCGCACACCAGAAGAUGCCGCUAAUGCUCAACACGCUAUUCAAUCUCAAUAUGACUCAUUGGGUGGAACUUCUCAAGCUCACAAUGGUGGUGUUGCUCCAGUACUCAACUUUGCAUCACAAGCUCCAGUUUCUCAUUCAAAUCCCCAAUCUCCUGGUAAUGCAUACUUGCCAUCUUCUAUCUUCCGUCUACGCUUUUAA